AAGAAAGUGCGUCCUGCGUCAGUUUUCCCUCCUCGUCACGAAGUUCAGUCUUCGUACAGGUUUAUGCGUUUCAGUAGAACAAAACUUUUUAUUUCCUGAUCGGGUUUGGACUCUGACUUUUCAUAAGUUUGGACCGAAGAACAACCAACGCACCAGAAGGCAGAAAACCUUCACAGUCCUGUUAGCAGGGCGACAUGUUCAACAAGUCGUUUGGGACGCCCUUCGGGGGGGGGACAGGUGGGUUUGGCAACACCACCUUUGGACAACAGAACACGGCCUUUGGAACCGCCGCGGGCUUUGGGACGUCUGCGUUUGGGACGACUACUAACACAGGAGGACUGUUUGGUUCUACACAGAACAAACCUGGAGGCCUGUUUGGCUCCAGCACCUUCAGCCAGCCGGCCACCUCCUCCACCAGCACGGGCUUUGGUUUUGGUGCGACCAGCGGCACAUCCACCAGUCUGUUUGGAAACACGGCAACAGGCACCAGCGGGGGGCUCUUCUCCCAGCCCACCAACGCCUUUGGAGCCACCAAACCCACAACCUUUGGAAGCUUCGGCACCAGCACCAGCAGUGGCAGCGGCCUGUUCGGGUCAACUAACACCACCUCCAACCCAUUUGGUGGGACCACCUCCCUGUUUGGAAGCGCCGGGUUCUCCGCCACACAACAGCCAGGAACGACGGUGAAAUUUAACCCUCCAACAGGAAAUGACACCAUGGUGAAAGCUGGUGUGACCACCAGCAUCAACACCAAGCACCAGUGCAUCACUGCCAUGAAGGAGUAUGAGAACAAGUCUCUGGAGGAGCUGAGGCUGGAGGACUACCAGGCUGGACGGAAGGGCCCCACCCAGAUGCCCGCAGGGACAGGUAGUCUGUUUGGACCGUCCACAGCCACGUCCAGCGCCACCACUGGACUCUUUGGCCCCACAGCGCCCAACACCAGCUUCACCUUCGGACCAAGCAAGAGCACCUUUGGAGCGACAGCCACCAGUGGUUUCAGUAACACCACAGGGAGCCUGUUUGGACCGCCCAACGUCCAACCCGCCGGCAACUUCUUCAAAUCCUUCGGUGCGACCACCACCGCCCCGAACACCAGCUUCUCUUUCGGCAACACCAACACCAGUACCAUGGGCGUGUUCGGGAACCCGGCGGCGCCUCAACCAGGCUUGUUCGGAACGCCGACCAGCACGGCCACCGGCUUUGGAACCAACAGCAGUCUGUUUGGAGGCGCCACAGGGUUCGGAACUGUUGGGCCGCAGCCCAGUUUAUUUGGAAAGACCACGGCGUUCGGUACCACCACCACCAGCGCCCCGUCAUUUGGCACAGGAACCGGACUCUUUGGCACCAAACCCGCACUCACGCUCGGGACCGGCACCAACACCUCCACCUUUGGUUUUGGAGCGACCCCUGCUGGAGGGAGUUUGUUUGGAAACAAGGCGGCCACCGGAGGACUGGGGGCCGGGCUCGGUACCAGCUUCGGAGGAGUGGGAGCAGGAGGAGCUUCUCUGUUUGGAGCCAAUCACAACAAACUGGGCACAACGCUCGGAACUAUGGGAAGUUUUGGAGCAACAGCAUUCAACACCGGAACCGGCAGCAUAGGAUUUGGUGCCGCGGCCCAGCCCGUUGCUCUUGCAGAUCCAAACGCAGCAGCAGCUCAGCAGGUUCUGCUGCAGCAGCAGCUCAGUGUUCUGGCCUACUCGCCCUACGGAGACUCCCCGCUCUUCAGGAACCCACUGUCGGACCCCAAGAAGAGAGAGGAGCGACUAAAACCGACCAAUCCCUCGGCCCAGAAGGCUCUGACCACGCCCACACACUACAAACUGACACCACGUCCCGCAACCAGAGUCCGGCCCAAGGCCCUGUCCUCGUCCGGCUCCUCUAAGACCCAGCUCUUUGACGGUCUGGACGACGACGAACCGUCGCUCAUCAACGGAGCCUUCGUGCCCAGGAAAAACAUCAAGAAGCUGGUUCUGAAGAACGUGAACAACAGUCAGUACAACAGUCACACGGAGGCGGAGGACGUCGACGACCUGGCGUCUCCCUCGGAGUACCCGCAGAAUGGACGCAGCAGCCUGGUGGAGGAGGAGGAGCUGAGGCAGCUGGCUGGCUCCAGCAGCCGGACGGACGACGACCCUGAGGUCACGCACUUCUACGUCAACCCCAUCGCCAAGCCCAUCCCACAGGGCCGCGCCCACAACAACCUGCAGGACACCAUCAGUGAGCUGAACAUGCACAAGGCAACCAGGAACGGGCUGGAGCUGAGCAGCGAUGACGUUUCUGCCUCUCUGGGGGAGGAGUCUCUGCAGGAGGAUGGAGACGAGGAGCAGCAGGAGGUGCAGCAGGAGGUGCAGCAGGAGGUGCAGCAGGAGGUGCAGCAGUCUCCUCACCCUGCAGGCAUCGUCCUGACUCGGGUGGGUUACUACACCCUCCCCUCCAUGCAGGAGCUGGCUGAGAUGGUGGAUGAAAACGGAGAGUGCGUGGUGGAGAACUUCACCAUCGGCAGAAAAGGAUACGGCUCUGUGUUCUUCCCCGGGGAGGUGAACGUGACGGGGCUCAAUCUGGACGACAUCGUCCACUUCAGGCGCAAGGAGGUGAUCGUCUACCCCGACGACAAGAACAAACCGCCCCAGGGGGAGGGGCUAAAUCGUCGUGCUGAGGUGACGCUGGACGGAGUCUGGCCCAACAACAAGACCACCUGCACUCAGAUCAGGAGUCCUGAACGUUUGGCUGAAAUCAACUACGAGGGUCGGCUGGAGAAGGCUUCACGAAAACAGGGAGCGCGCUUCCUGGAGUACAGACCUGAGACGGGCUCCUGGGUCUUUGAGGUGGCCCACUUCUCCAAGUACGGCCUCCAGGACUCUGAUGAAGAAGAUGACGCUGCACUAAAAGUCGACACCAAAAAGCUGAAGAUGUCCGUCCCUCCGUCCAAGCUGCCACCGUUUGAUAAAUCCUCCACCCAGCAGCAGGUGGCGCCACAGGCUCAGUCCACGGUGGUCAUCGAUCUUCCUGGGGGCGUGGCUGAGUUGGACAGCGACAUGGCUGACAUCACACAGAGCUACCCAACAGAGAGCAUGCUGGGAGAGGGGGAGGAGGUAACUGAGCUGCCAUUGGGUGAGACGGAGAUGAACGCCAAACUGGGGGGUCUGAUCUCUGCCGGCUACGAAAACUGCAUCUCAGCGUCCAGUCAGCUGGCGUCCACGCUGGGCCUCAACCCCCACGCCCUGCAGGUCAUGAAGGCGUCGUUGUUUGUUGAAGAUGAUGAAGAGAUGGACCUGUUUCAGGAUCGCACUGCUCCGAGAGUGACCUCUGACAUCUCCUCGCCUCGACCGCUGCCGGCGCCUCAGAGCCGACCUUCAGUGGGGGGUCUUCUUCAGGCCCGUUUUACCUCGUGCCUCGUUUCUCAGUUCCCAGACUCCCCCCGUCUUCCUCCCCCUCCUACAUCUCUCUCCCAAGUGUCUCCCGCAGUGGGUGACUCCCCCCACCGCCCUCAGUGGUCGAAGCCGGCCUCCUCCUUUCUGCUCCCCCCUCGAGUCCCCGAGCCGACCAUCAGGACGGUGGGUGUGCGGCGGCUGGGUGGCCCCGUCCCCCUGAAAGAGUCGGUGACUCUGGGAAAGGGGGGGCUGUUGAUGGACGCCGGUCUCUUCAUGGGCCGGUCCUUUCGGGUCGGCUGGGGUCCCGGCUGGACCCUGGCUCACUGCGGAGAUGGUCUGAGUUCAAGGACCUCCAAACAGCUGGAGCUGCAGGAACUGGACCCCAAGACGGACUUCAGCUUCCUGCCAAAACCUGCCAGGAACAAACCACUGGCUCAGAGUCCUUAUAAGGUGGUCCUCGAGCGGGUCCAGGGUCUGGACUCCCCCGUGACGAAGACCGGUGAGGAGGAAGAGGAGGACGAUUACAGUCAGACUAUACUGCAGCGCCCCCUGGAAAUCUGUCUGGAGCACAGCACCAUCAGCACCACAGAGGAGUCUGCCUGCCCCCUGGUGGCCCCGCGGCCCGGUGUGUCAGCGCUGCACCAGUACGCCAAGUGGAUCACAGAGCUCAACGACAAGCACGGACACGCAGACGCUCUGCUGCGACACUGGGCCGAGGUCUGGACCCUCUGUGAGGCCCUGUGGGGCCGCCUCAGCCCCGCGGACCAGGAUCUGGACACCAACGCCCUCAGUGACUACCAGCAGCAGCUGGAGAGGAGGCGGACCUUCUCUGCCUGGCUGUCUUGCGGCGCCACCUCCAGGGUAGAGGAGGAGGUGUCUGUAGCAGGGAAAGGUUGUCACGUGGAGGCCAUUUUCAGCUACCUCACAGGAAACCGCAUCAGCGAGGCGUGUCAGCUCGCUCAGAAAGAAGGUGACCACCGCCUGGCGCUGCUGCUGUCUCAGGCCGCGGGCUCGCAGCACUGCCGUGACCUUCUGACCCUUCAACUGGCUGACUGGAACCGCAUGCAGACCGAGCUGUACGUGUCGGAGGAGCGUCUGCGCAUCUUCACGCUGCUGGCGGGAAAACCUGUGUGGCAGUCGUCCGACUCCCUGGUCAACGUCUGCGGCCAGCUGGACUGGAAACGCUGCGUGGCCGUUCAUCUGUGGUUCAUGCUGCCUCCGACCGCCUCGGUGGCCGACGCCCUGGACAAAUACCAAGCUGCCUUCAAGGGCUCCGGAGAAGGAGGGAGGUACGCCUGUGCUCCGCUGCCCCCCUACCUGGAGGAGGAGGAGGAGGAGGAGGAGGAGGAUGAAGAGUCCAAACGACAGCUGUACGACCUGUGCUUUCAUCUGCUCAAACUCUACAGUGACAGACACUACGGCCUGCAGCAGCUCCUGGACCCUCUGACCGUCACCCCCCAGCGUCUGGACUAUCGUCUGAGCUGGCACCUGUGGGGGGUGCUGCAGUCUCUGCACUACAGCCACCUGAGCUCCGCCCGUCAGGGGCUGCUGCACACCAGCUACGCCGCCCAGCUGGAGAGUGCCGGCCUGUGGCACAUGGCCAUCUUCAUCCUGCUGCACAUUCCUGAGCCGGGCCAGCGGGAGCGAGCUGUCAGGGAGAUGCUGAGCCUACACUGCCCCCUGAGGGCGACAGAGGAGUUUCUGCGCCGAGAGCGUUUCCUCACAGAGAGACUGCUGAUCCCAGAGACCUGGAUCCACGAAGCCAAGGCCACACGGGCCCGCAGACAUGGAGACAAACAACAGGAGGCGCUGCACCUGUACCGAGCCGGACACUGGAACCAGUGUCACCGUCUGGUGAUCCAACACCUGGCCUCAGACUGUAUCAUCAACGACAACCACGACUUCCUGCUGGAGUUCCUGGAAGGUCUGGCUGUUCCUGAACACAGCAGCAGCGUCCAGGACUGGGACACAGCCGGGAAGGUCUACCUGGACUACAUCAGGGUCGUCAAGGGUCUGCAGCAGAUCCAGCAGAUGGAAAACACUGGUUAUGAGUUGGAGCGACUCUACACUGAUGUGACUUCACUCUGUGGCAGAAUCGAACACCUGCCCUGUGCCACAGCCAGAGACCGCCUGGCCCAGUCAGAGAUGGCGAAGCGUGUCGCUAACAUCCUUCGGAUGGUGCUCAGUCUGCAGCAGGGCGACUCCACCUCUGACUCCCUCGGUCUCCCCCUGGCUCAGUUAGCGCCCCACAUCACCCGACUGCCGAUGCCCGAGGACUACGCCCUGGAGGAGCUGCGUGGACUGACGCAGUCGUACCUGCAGCAGCUGUUCGUCAGGUAGUGAGAGCCGACGUUUCCACGUCAGGACAAGAUGAUUAAAAAGAUCGCCCUGAUUCAGAGAAGUUACCACAGGGUGCACGUACGUGCACGUCAGGUUUUAAAAUGUAAACAACAUCAAACGUCACCUGUAGCUAACAUUAUACUCCUUUAUUUUCUUCUUUGUCGGGACAGUCACGGGCGACGUUAAGUAUGGACAGCUGCUGACUGUGACAUGAGCUCUUGUUUACUUUUUAACUGAAUCUGCUGACGUCUAAUUAACAGGAACGAACAUUUUUAUUGGUUAAAACGGAUAAUGUUGACAAAACGGCUAGCGCUAACGUCACAGGUUCGACUAGAAUUGUGUUGAGAUCAAGUGCUCAUAUUCAGCAAAGCGAAGGAUAAAGAUGUAGAAGUGCUUCAGUGAAGUCGAGGACUAGCGAUCAGUUUGGUUAAAGCUAAUGUAGCGCCAAGCUAACGUUGACACGACGAAGGUCAAUUUAUCUAAAAGAAGCUAAAACUACAACAUCUACUGAUGGGCUAAUGGUUGUCAUUUAAACAAUGCUAACUGUUACCCGCAGGAAAGUCUUGUUGCCCACUGUAAGUUUUUUUAAUCUUGGUGUUUCCAUGGCAACACUGCUACAGAUGGGUGUCAAUCUUCUAUGAACUUUGACCUCACAUUUUGCUAACAAUUCUUUUUGGUUUUGUGAAAACAACUUCUAUAUCGGCUCAGAUUAGCAUUAGCUUUUGCCUGCCAACAGCUGGGAGCUUAGCCUAGCGCAGUGCUGGGUUAGCAUCGUAUUAACUUGUUUAUAUGUGAAUAAAAGUCAGUCGAUGAACCAGAGCAAAUGUUUCAAAUGCAGACGAUCUAUUUUUGUAGAUUUGGGUUUUUUUGUUUGAAUGUAUAAAGUGUGAUGUCAUCAGAUAUAAACAACAAAGUUCAUUCCCUCAUUGGUAAAUUCAUUCAUAGAUUGGUCAGCUGUCACUUUGCCAAAAAAAUAUUUUCAUUGUAAAAUUGGUUUUGUUCUUUGCACCUCGUGUGUGUUGAUAUUUUUAAUAAAGUUGAUUAGAAAUAA